AUGUCGUACGUGUUAUAUUUGUCUCUUACUCUUCUCGCGGCCAUUGGAGAUGUGGCAAAUUUGAACUGCCCGAAUAAUCAGUGGAUAGAGAAAUCUCUAAAUAACUCGUAUAUUCCUGGUGCAGCUAUUGUCGUUGUUAAUGGCACUCAUACACUUUAUGAACACGCUUUUGGGUAUCAUUCUAUUUCACCGCCACAAUUGAUAGAUGUAGAAAAGUCUAUUUUUGGUCUAGCUUCCAUCUCAAAAACACUCAUUGCGACUGCUGUUAUGCAACUUGUCGAGAAAGAAUUGGUAGAUUUAGACACAGAUAUCAAUCAUUAUUUAUCGGAACCUCAUCGGCGUAUUUUUCAUCCAAAGUAUCCAUCUCAUUCGAUUACGUUACGAAAAUUACUUUCCCAUUCGUCGUCGAUCGCUGUCGAUGAUAGUAUAGAGCUCGGCUUGUAUCAACUGGGUGAUACUGCUUUUGGACAAUCGACAUUAGCCGAAGCACUGUUUGCUCAUAUAAAUCCGAAUACUUCCAAUUGGCUACCAAAACCACCGGGUACUGUAUCAUUUUACUCGAAUGGUGGUUCGUCUUUAGCUGGCUUGGUUGUUGAACGAGUCACAAAUAUGUCGUUCGAUCUCUAUGUGAAAGAAAAAAUCAUGAAACCUCUCGGCGUCGAUAUUAGCAAAGUAGGUGUUCGUUUAGCUGAUUUCUCCAAUAGAGACGAACUCGUCAAACAUAAUGCGUAUGUAUUCAAUGCGUCUGAUUUCAAUGUAUGGACACAAGGUCUACCACAAUUGAAUGUAACAAAGCUUUCAGAAAACUUUCCUACUUGGCUAAACAUUCCAUUCUUUGGAUUCAGUGCUUAUCCUUCUGGUCUUUUUCGUAUGUCAGCUCGUUCUCUAUCGAAAUUUCUACAAAUGUUUAUGAAUAAUGGAUCUAAUCUUAUUAGUCCUAAAUCCAUUGCUGAAAUGAAAAUCAUAGUUGGUGGUGGCCUAAUCCCAUAUUACGAUCCUAGUGGAAUAGCCAAUGCCUCCACAAUAGCACUACCUAGCUUUGGGCUCAGUUGGACUUGGCAGACAUUAAAGGAUGGACGGCGAUAUGUUGGCCAUAGCGGUACAUUGCCUGGUUCAAGACAUUGGAUGUUAGUCAAUGAAAAGAAUACGGUCGGUGUUAUUGUUCUUUCCAAUGGAGACUCUAAUGUGCCCAGUGACAGAUCAAAAGAAUAUUAUCAAUUAUUGGAAAAUAUUCAUUUGGCACUCUUUCAAUGUUUUGAAGGCGAACUAGUGAAGUGA